UGUAAUAAUUAUAUUGGUUACACAUAUAUAUUAAAAAUAAAAAAAAUAAGGUCAAUCGCCUACUAAUGACUGUACGUCAGUGGUCUUUGUUAGCAUGUAUAAUAGUUUAUGUCAAUAUAUGUACAAAAUUCUUAUUUGCCAACAUUUAUAUAUUUGCGUAUAAAUUGUUUUAUUUGAUUAUCUAUACAUAAUAUAUGACAAGAGAAACAUAAGCGUACCUAAUUAAAAAGAUCUCGUACGAUCAGUUCUCCACAAACACACGUAUCCAACGUUAAUUCUCUCUAGGAAAGAAAGCAUCAAGUUCAACCUUGAAGAACAUAUCACUAUGAGACCACUCAAGAAAAGAAUAGCAAGGGAGUUUGAACAGGCCGAUGAAGAUUCAUCGCGCGCGCGUAGAAACGAGCCUAAGGCACGUCAAGAACCUGCACAACAAGGGUUCUUCCAAGACAAGUUACCAUUGAUUGGUCGACCAAAUGCGGUAAACAAUACCCCCAUGCCAGGUCAAUAUUCUCAAGGAUUCUUUAAACAAAUGUUACCCGAGAAUGUGGAAAGUUACUUGAAAAACCUUCCACCGCUGCCUAAGUUACCAAUACAGUCUCAGCUGCCGCCAAGACCACCACACCGACCAAGGUCCCGAAUACCUCGUUUGCCACCACGGCCACCAAGGCCUCCUGGGGCGCUACCAAUGCCUUAUUCCCUGCGCUCACGACCAAAAACUCAAUUAGUGCCCCCACCGUGGGUGCAGUACGGACUACCCAAACAGGUAAAACCGCCACCAUUGGCACCACAGCUGCCGCAGCCACUAUGUGAAGAUCUAAGCAAUGUAUUGCUGGAUAACUUAGAGGGAGAUUAUAGGAGGAUAAAAAAUAAUGAAAAAGGGUACAAUUUAUUGACAAAUUAUGUGGGAAUAUGGAAGAAUAAAGCGAAAAAUGGUAAGAAAGAUAGGAAGGUGAGUGCGAUAGAGUUGCUAAAUGGGCUUCAAGAACGUUAUUUUAAAGAAAGAGAUUCAAUAAAUGAGAUCAAGGCUAGUAUUCUUGAAAUUGGAAUGAAAUUAUCUGAGCUUCUCGUUGAAUAUACCUUCUUAUUUGAAUUUCAAGACAUGAGUGAGAAGAUUAAAUUCGUGAAAAAUACGAUGCAGAUAUUAAUUUUGGAUGAAGGUUCUACAAGCAUCUUGAUUGAGAAGCUUCAUUCUACACUUCUGUCGAUCAUAGGAGGAAGACUCGCGUAUGCAAGACAUUUUUAUACAAUAGUUGAUAAAGGAAAAAGUCCUUACAGAAAUGGCGCGGAGUUAGAGUCAUUUGAGAAAAAAGAAAGCAAUGUCAAUGAUGCAAUGUUCUUCAAUAUUUUUUACUUGGAAAAUUGUUUGAAUUAUCCUUACUAUGAUGUGAACACGGAUAUCGCACAAUUAUCUAGUUCGGUGAAAUGUUUCAGGGAAAAGUUUCUCCAGAAAUUGGGUGUGACAAGUUGCAUGAUAAGUAAUGUGAAGAGUAAGUUUAGAUGUGUCUAUGACUAUGACGAACAGGAUCGUGAGCGUGUACGGAAGUUCAAGGACAUGGUGAAAGAAGAAAUCAAAGAUAUAUGGAAGAACCUUUCGCUUCGAUGAUCAAAACUACUUAUCUAUAUAUACAUAUACAUAUUAUGUAUGUGUGUACGUAAUGUCAGAUUGGGGUCGUUCAAGAAACUUUUUGAGUUAAUAAUGAAGUUGGGGUUUCAGUGAAUCCUCUCUGUUAUGAUCAA